CCGACUUAUCGCCACUUCGAGAUUCAAACAUAUACGGUGCCCCGUUCUGGAGUAGAGUACAUAAAAAUGGUGCGUUGCGUUUUGCUUCGACACGACCAAACCAAGAAGAAAAAAUUAAGAAGGUGAAACGUUUUGCACCCUAGACUUAGGGCUUUUUGUCCUUCCCCUCUCUAGUAAAUCCAAUAUCUCUUUUCUGGCUUCUCAGUUCUCACUUUUAGUUAGUAACCGCUGAAGAAGUAAAAUGGCAGGAGCUGUUGGAAAUGAAGAGGAUGUAUGGGGAAAAGCCAUAAAAGCAGCGGAUGAUUUAUACGAGCUUAGAGACACUUUUUUCCCUCAAAACCCAGAUGAUAAAAUCUCUAAACUGCAACAAGAAUCCGAUCUCGCUCUCAAGCCCCUCGAUUCUAUUCCUGCUGAACAAAGAAAAUUGCCUUUACAGCGUGCAACAUAUGAGUAUUUAAGAGGGAAGAUAUUAGAUGUAGUGCCUGACUAUAGGAAGGAAGCAGAGGAUCAUCUCUCAAAAGCAGUUAAGUUGAAUCCAUCUCUUGCAGAUGCUUGGCUCUGUUUGGGUAACUGCAUUUGGAAGAAGGGAGAUUUAACGUCAGCGAAGAACUGCUUUAAUCUUGCACUAAGCAAGGGGUCCAAUAAGAAGAUACUUUGCCAAUUAUCAAUGCUGGAAAGAAGAAUGGUUCAAGGCGCUGAGAAUCAGGCAGAAAUGGUUGAACAGAGCAUUCAACAUGCUAAGGAAGCUAUAACAUUGGAUGUCAAGGAUGGAAAUUCUUGGUAUAAUCUGGGAAAUGCUUGCCUGACAAGUUUUUUUGUAACUGGGGCAUGGGAUCAUAGCAAACUUCUGCAGUCCUUAAAGGCAUACCAAAAUGCUGAGAAAGAUGAAAGAAUGAAGUUAAAUCCAGACCUAUAUUUUAAUGGUGCAACAGUAAACAAAUAUCUAGAGAAUUACGAUAGGGCUCUUAGUGGCUUUGAAGCUGCUGCCUUAAAGGAUCCAAGUCUCAAUGCUUUUGAGGAGGUUGAAAAGAUGGUCAAUCUUCUUAAGAAACUAGAGAAUUUGCUGAAGGGACAUUCUAGGGAAAAAAUACUUGCUUCUUUAGCAUCAACAAUUGGUGCUGUUAAUUUGAAUUCCUCAUACAAAAGGGCCACUCUCGAUGUGCUGUCAGAAGGCCUGAACAAGGGAGUUGCUGUAGUGGGAAAAGUGCUAUUGUUUGUUAAGCAUGAGAGUAUCACCCCUCUCAGAUACUAUUUGGUGUGCGAUUCAAAUCAAAGCUGCUUUGUACUGUCAGUAUAUGGUAUACGCAAUGAUGCAAUUAAAGAAGGAGAUGUACUAAUUUUGUUGGAACCCUAUUUCCAUAACGUUGAGUUUUCUUGGAAAGGAAAGUGUUACAAGUUCAAGUCGAUUCGAGUGGAUUUCUUGGAGCAGGUGCUUGUAAAUGGAAAAGCUCUUCCUCCUCAUCAGGCCAUUCGCACUUCCAUAUUUGCUCAACAUAAACCCUGAAUGUUAUUUGGAGUGUGAUUACUGUUUGUGUUUACAUGUUUUUUCUCCUUUUUCGUUUCAUAUUGGUCCUAUUUAGGCAUGAUGAUUCUUGUAUUCGUAUCGUGUAAAAUAUUAAAAUUCGCGUAUUCGUAUCGUUUUACAUGAAAAUUACGUAUCAUAAUUUUGUAU